AAUUGGGUUUUACAAAGAAAGCUCGAGAUCAAAAUAUUGCCCGUAUAGGGUUUGUCUCGGCUGAACUUACAAAAGCCGGUGCUGCUGUUAUUGCUGCACCAAUCGCUCCGUAUGCAGAUGCACGAGCUCAUGUAAAGCAAUCAAUAGAACAAUAUGGCGGAUUCUAUUUGAUUCAUGUUAAUUCACCUCUAGAACACUGUAUUGCAACUGAUAGAAAAGGUGUCUACAAGAAAGCACAAGCUGGUGAAAUUAAAGGUUUUACAGGCAUUGAUGACCCAUAUGAAACACCAACUGAUCCGGAUAUUGUAGUUGAUCCAAGAUGGUUACAUUGGUGA